AUGUCUGCCAUCAGAUCAGCUACAAGCAUUUCGCACCCAAUCCCUUAUUUCCUAUGCCUCGACGUAUUCUCCUCUCGAUAUUUACUGUCUCUGAAGCCUUCGAAUGAUGAAGCAGUAACACAAUGGCUGCAUUAUGACGAGAUUCCUACCGCGAUACAUUCCACGCUCCUUGAGGAAUUGGAGGAAUUCUCUUUCCGCAAGCGAGAUACCUGGUGGAACGUAGUAAAGGAGCUCUUUGCAAGUGCCAAAACACCAGAGUCAAGGAAGUUAUCUUAUCCCCUUCUGUUUCCAUGGGUCUUUCAGUUUCCGGCAGUUAUAGGAAGUGAUAAUUCCAUAUUUCCUCUUCGUAGGCUGCCUAAUGAACUUCCAGUACCGAGUUCAUCCCUAGGGCUUCUAGAAAAGACUAUCUGUUCCUCAAUUCUAUCAUCUUUUGUCCCUUCCGAAUCUCUGGUAACUUUUCCUCUCAUCGACCAGGUCCGCGUUACUCUCAUGAGAUUAGUCAUUGGGGGUUGGUGGACUGCCGUCGUCGCGUGGUGUAAUCGUGCUUGGCAAGCAGUCAUCAGCGGUAGUGGAAGUAACUCUGUGAUUAUAGUUGUUCUGCUUACCCUUCUUCCCCCACUCGGCAUAGCACAGCACUGCCUCGCCCUCGCCCCAACCAUCAACAUACGACCCUCAGGAGCCCUCUCUCUGAUACCAUGGCUAUUGGAAAUGCUCCGCUUAAUACCCAAGUCUCCUAUCCCUAGGGUUUUCGAUGGCCUGCACGAAAUGGCCUCACCGCUCAACCGGGUCCAUUGCCAUUCCUUGUGGUCUUCUCAAAUUUGUAAAGCUCUUGAAAUGACUACGAUUUGUUAUAUCUGGUUCAAGUUUUGUGACAGGAUUUCUACCACCAUUUGUUCGUUCAUGUUUGCAUUGGAUAGCUCAAUAGAUGCCCUGCCGUUUCCAUCCCACGUAUCAGAUGAAUUGAUGUUGUCGUCAGCAAUGACGGGGGGAAGUCGCAUUGUGCAAGCCACACACGAGGAAUUGAAAGUUAGCGUUGAUCCAAUGUUGGAAGCUAGACAUCAAUCACAACCACCUGAUCAGAGCCGCUAA